AUGUUUGCCAAAAUCCCCACCACGCUUCUCCUGCUCGUCACCUCGCUCGCACUACCUACAUACGCUGGUAUACAACAAACAGACUUCAGCGGCAUUGGUCACAUCUACGUCUUAGCCUCCGACAACUGGGGCACCGCAACCCCAGAGUCAAGUGUAGGAUGCCUGAAUGCGCAUGGCAAAUUCGUCCAUGACAGUGGGAGCGGGAAAGAAUGCGGGACAUUCGAGCGCAUGGAUGACUACCCUUAUACUCUUAGCACUCACAAUGGCAACUGCACAUUCCAAGACGCUAGUCAAGAAGAGAACGUCGACAGCCACUACGGGCAGGGCGAUUAUGCGUGGACGUGUACGGAGCGCAACGUUGACAUUUACGACGAGCUAUACACUAUAACCGGAUUCCCAUACGUCUUCCUCUGCUUCGGAGAUGUAGCAUGCUAUUACGAUGCUAAGCGUACCCCUACUGUCAACGAAUCUCUUCCACUAUGGCAAUUCCGUUGGGGAUCGCAGCAGACCGGCAUCACGCCGGGGCAUGUUAUGCUGCAACUCAUGUGGAAGAAGCUUGGUGAUACACCAAAGAGAGAGCAAAUGAGCGAGAUACCAGGCCCAAGGAUCCAGCUUAGUGAGGGCAUGCAGAUAUCGCUACUGGGUCAGAAGUCAAAGGCAUAG